AUCGUGCAGAAGAGCCUUGUGAAGGGCAGGCCGUUCGUGGGGGCGACGAAGGAGGUGAGGAUCGCUCACCGUCUGCGGGCCCACGGGGCUUUGACGAUGGUGGGGGGGGACGAGAGGAGCGUCCUGGACGGGAACGCGGUGGCCCCCGAGACCCUGGCCUACUACAGGGACACUCUCGACGGCUUCCAGAUGUUCGUGGGCCCCUUCGAGCUGCCGCUGCCCCCCGCUGCGCAGGUCGUCCUGGUGCUGAUGAACUACGCCGACUACGCCUGGAGCAUCGGGCUCGAGAGAGUUGCCGUCCUGAACACAUAUGCCGAGUACAUCUCGGCGCACCCCGACUUUUCCCGAAAGAAGUCGCUCCGCCUGCCGCGUCUCUAUCGGGCCCUCCAGGGCUCGAAGCGCCUGGUCCCAGGCCGGUCGCGCCCGACCAUGCCCUGGCAGGUGGUCGCGCUGGUCGCACUGGUGAUGGCCAUGCAGCGGGGGUCCCAGCACGCAGCGCUCAGGGUGGUGACCACGUUCGGGGUGCACCUCAAUCCCUCCGAGGCCGUCGGCCUGCGCGAGCAGGACCUCUUCCUCCCCUUGGGCUUGUGCACGGUCUACGGCUUCAACCUGCACCCCAUCGCGAUGGGCGAGUACAGCAAGACCAGCUUGUCGGACGAGGGCCUGCUCCUCAGCUCGGUCGAGGUGCCCGGGGUGGGCCCGCGGCUGGCGCGCGCGAGGUCGGGGGGCCCGCAGGCGACGCUGUUUCGUCUCACCGCCGCGCAGCUCGUCGUCCAGUGGCGCCAGUCGCUGGAGCGGGUCGAGGUGCCCUACAGGUACUUGCCCUACCAGCUCCGCUACGCGCAGGCCACCAGCUACGUGCCCCCCAGGGACGUGCCCACCAUGGACUCGCAGGCCGUCCACGCCGCGGGCUGGGCUUCGGAAGGCUGGGACUACGCCGACGACCCGCGAGCCGACCUUCUUGAGGAGUCCUUCGUCGACAGUCUGGUAUUGAGGAUAUCAAGGAAGGAGGUCGCGGGGGUGCAUGUCGGCCUGGACUGCAAAACGUGGAGCCGGGCAAGGAAGAAUGAUGGUCGGGGGCCGCCGCCACUCAGGGACGAUGCGCAUUUGCACGGCCUCCCUCUGUUGGCGGCGGCGGACGCUGAGAAGGUGAUGAUCGCCAAUCGUCUGCUCGCUAAUGUUCUGCGCCUGCUGGCUGCUGCCAUCGAGGCGGGAAUCCCCUUCUCCCUCGAGAAUCCUCGCUCGUCUCGCCUCUGGCUUGUCCCGGAGCUUCUGGACAUGGCCCGCGACGCUCACGCCGAAUGGGCGUCGGUUGAUUAUUGCCAGUAUCAG